UUACGUCAUUUCACGUGUCAACCAUGGCCGGCAAGUUCAACGUGAAACUGAGCAGCAAGUACAGAGCAUACCUGCAGUCUGUUUGAACGAGAAGCGGGAAAUAGACUCGCUCAUGCUGGCAUGGUGAAGCCACGCAGACUUGCAGUAUUUUGUGCAAUAUUGCUUUCAUGCAUCGUGCUUGCGGAGGGAAAGACAUUCCGUGGAGUAUGGACGACAAAAUUGGCCAAAAUCUCUGCGGGCCAGUAUGUGGGGAGCUUCUGUUUUCGGGAUGACACAGGCCAGCUUGAAUACAACGUCAACAGCACUGUGGCAGGAGUUAGGCUUCUCUUGUACACAGAUGCCACCUGGAGGAUUGCAAAAGAUCAGGCCUGUCUGAAGAAACUUAGCAAUGCAAAAGAAGAGAUUUCCAUCACCCGCACAAAGGGAAACCACAUGGUCUCUCAUUUUGCACAGCCCGUGAUCUGGCACGUGGUCUUCGUAGAUGAGUACACAUGCAGCGACACGAGGCCCGUGGCAGGAUUAGAGCAGCCCAAUCACAUCCUGUAUGAGGUACAGAUGUUGAACACAGACUCACUAGGCAAUCCCACAAACCAUUUUAGUGUGGAAGAAACAGGUCUCCUUGGCUUCUACCAGCUGUUGACACUGCUGUACUUUGUUUUGGCUUGUAUCUAUGCACCAAAGCUUCAGCAGAUCCUCACUAAGGAAGGUCCCAUGCAUCUGGUGCUACAACUUCUCACAGCUGCCAUGGUGCUACAGGCUGCGGGGGCCUUGUUAAUGGUAGUGCAUUUACAAUACUUUUCAAGAGAUGGUGUAGGCUCUCCAUUCAGUGAGCUUCUGUCAGAACUGUUAGAUGUGCUUUCCCAGUUCACCAUGCUGUAUAUGCUGGUCAGUCUGUCUCUUGGCUGGACACUGGGUGCCUCCCACCGUCCAUCUCGGCUUGACCACCUGAAGAGCACCCCAGCUGUCAAAGUGGUCAGUGUGUUGGGGACAGUACAGGGGCUGUUAUUUAUAUGGGAGCAAUACCAAGAGCACGAACAUAGACUUUAUCACGCACAUCGCAGCCUAGCAGGCGCAACUCUAGUCACUUUACGAAUACUCCUGGCGGCCAUUUUUGCCAGUCAUUUACACUCCACGGUCAGGCACGAGAGAAGCACAAUGAAGAAGCAGUUUUACACAGCAUUUGCCAAAAGCUGCUUGUUAUGGUUUUUAAGCUACCCAGUUUUAGUACUAGUCUCCUGGCUGUUUUCUGAAUAUCUGAGAUACAAGAUGGUCACAAUGGGUGUUGUUUUAUGCCAGUCCCUAGCUGUGAUACAACUGUACAGGUUAUUUGUGUCAAGGAGUCUCUACUGGGAGGUCUCUGCUCUCUCCAGCACUUUACCACUUAGGAUGGACAAAAGCUUUGGAAUCAAGCUGUACUCCUGAUUGUGUUGGGUGAGACACAGUGGUCUCACCUAGCACAAUGCUGUGAAACUGCCAAGUAUUCUUCUCAUUGUGCUAGAUGAGAAAAGCUGAAGUCACAUUGUACACACUGAAGUAAUUAUAAUUCAUCUGUUAACUGUCGGUCACCCUUUUUUAAAUACUUGUUUACUGGGGGCUGCUAACAUGCUUUUUGUUUGUUUCUUUCAUCUUGAGGAAAAAAGACAUCUGUAUUUCAAGGGUAUUAUACUGAAGACAAUGUCAGGUUUUACCAAGGUCUCAAAAACU